CAUCAUCUUCACGUCACCUGAUCGAUUAAUCGACAGUCACCCCCUGCUCUCUUCCGUCUCCUCGUCCCUCCACAUUUCUGAUCAUCCAUCAUGUGUAAACACGUCCUCAACGCCCAAGUCGCCAUCCGCGCGCCGUGCUGCAAGCUGUGGUUCGAUUGCCCCGAAUGCCACGCCGAAACGCAGACGCACCCACUACGCAAAACGCUGGAGAUGGCUUUCCUGUGCAAGAAGUGCAAGAAGGCGUUCCGGAAGGACAUGACGACGUACGAUGAGAGCGACGAGUACUGUCCGCGUUGCGACAAUCAUUAUGUGUUGGAUGCCAAAACUCCUCAGGCGGUGGUCCAGGUUGAGGGAGAGGACAUUCGUGUUGACGCAAGGCCGGCGAUGAGAAUGAUCAAGGACGAAAGAGUACAAGACACAUCUGAGCUCGAAGACGAUGAGUUCUUCUCGGAACGUUUGGGCUAG